AUUUUCAAGUUUGUUCCAUGAAGUGUCAACAUGGAAAAUGACACAGAAGUCACAUUUGUAUUGAAGGGCUUCACAGAGAAUCUUGAACUGCAGGUCAUCUUAUUUUUUCUAUUUCUAGCAAUCUACAUCUUUACUCUGAUAGGAAAUUUAGGACUGGUUGUAUUGGUCAUUGGGGAUUCCCGGCUCCACAACCCCAUGUACUAUUUUCUGGGUGUGUUAUCUUUCUUGGAUGCCUGCUACUCCUCAGUGAUUACCCCAAAUAUGUUAGAAGAUUUUAUGUCAGAGAACAAAGACAUUUCAUUCCUUGGAUGUGCUACACAAAUAUUUCUUGGUGUUACUUUUGGGACCACAGAAUGCUUUCUUUUGGCUGCAAUGGCUUAUGAUCGCUAUGUAGCAAUCUACAACCCACUCCUCUAUGCAGUUAACAUGUCACCCAGAGUCUAUGUGCCACUCAUCACUGCUUCAUAUGUUGGUGGUAUUUCACAUGCUACUUUACACACAGUAGCAACGUUUAGCCUCUCCUUCUGUGCAUCCAAAGAAAUCAGACAUAUCUUCUGCGAUAUCCCUCCACUCCUUGUUAUCUCCUGUUCUGACACUCACAUCAACCAGCUUCUACUCAUCUACAUUGUAGGUUCUAUUGAGAUAUUCACUAUCCUGAUUGUUCUGAUCUCCUAUGGUUUCAUUUUGUUGGCCAUUCUGAGAAUGUGUUCUGCUGAAGGGAGACGAAAGGUAUUUUCUACUUGUGGCUCUCACCUAACUGGAGUGUCAAUUUACCAUGGAACAAUCCUCUGCACUUAUGUCAGACCAAGUUCUAGCUAUGCUUUGGAUCAUGACAUGAUAAUGUCAAUAUUUUACACUGUUGUGAUACCCAUGCUGAAUCCCAUUAUCUACAGUUUGAGAAACAAAGACGUAAAAGAAGCAAUGAAAAAAGUGUUUGGGAGAAUUCAGUUUAUCAAUAAAGUAUAUUUUUAGCACUAAAAAUGAAAAAACUCAGGUAUCAUGCACUAUGCCUCCAUGUGAAGAUAUGGCAAAGUUGAAAUUUUUCUUUCAGUUUAUUAGUGUCUUUCUAUUUUUCUUGAAAUUUUUGAAAUAAAAAUCAUAGUCAACCCUCAUCUUUUAUAACUAUUAUAACACAUACAGAAAAACUAUGCCAUCAGUUUGCUUCUGACAUGGUCGCACUGAAACACGUGUAUAUGUGCAGGUGCACAAGUUCAUAAAUACAUAGAUAUAUACACACAUACCCAUAAUAAUUCUGAUAUAUGUAUAUACACAUAUAUGUAUUUAAUCCUUUUUUAAAUUGCAUAUUUUGUUCUCUUGCUUUUAAAUAUCUAUUGGGAUAUGGAAAAACUACAACAUGCUUACUUAGUAUAUUGUCACUGUCAUUCGGUGCCACAGAGUCAGAUCCCACUCAU